UUCCCCGUCUAUAAUUUCUUCCGCCCUCCGUUUGCUGUCACUCGAGUCUUGUUGUGGUGCUGCGGCAUCCCUACAAGUAGAGCUACAAUAUGUCGACUUCCAGGAUCCUAGCAAGGAGUUUUCGCAGCUUGCGGGCCAAUCCUACAUUAACUUCGUCGCCUCGCAGCUUUUCCGCAAAACCAACCCGUCGCAACAUAAUAAGCUCGCCUCGCAGCUGCGCCGCCUUCUCAAGCUCGCCCCUCCGACCUUUCAGCACAUCCCAGAUACAGCGACACGGACACAUAACACCACCCAAACCUGGCGAGGAAUUAUACGUCACCUUCAUCGACAAGGAAGAGAAAGAACACAAGAUUGCUGUUUCGGCGGGCGACAACUUGCUGGACAUCGCGCAGGCGAAUGACUUGGAAAUGGAGGGCGCAUGUGGCGGCUCGUGCGCCUGCUCGACUUGCCACGUUAUCGUCCUCGACGAAGACUAUUAUGACAAGAUGUCCGAGCCCGGAGAUGACGAAAACGAUAUGCUCGACCUUGCCUUUGGCCUCACCGAGACGAGUCGCCUAGGCUGCCAGGUGAUUAUGACUAAGGAGCUGGACGGUUUGAGGGUUAAGUUGCCUUCGAUGACGAGGAACCUGCAGGCCAGCGACUUUAAAUAAUGACGAAAUGAUACAAAAAAUUUCAGCGCAUAGAAAUCAUGUUGGUCUUUUUUCUUCCAGGAAACCGUGGUUUAUAUCCCCCCCCCAGGUUAGGUUCCAAGGCGUCAAAUAUUUGUCUGGAAUCGACAGAUGGAUUGGAAACUGUACAAAGCGUGUAUAACAGAAGAACCCUGGUCAAUGCCGGAGGUUGGCCAAGAUAGACUCAACUCUGUGAGACCUGGGCCGUGAUAAUGUCAUUAUAUAUGAUUUAUGGUUCACGCCGUAUGUCGCCUCAUGCUUCCUCUAUCCCGUUUUUACUGAGUUUCCCACCUGCGCCGGCGAUCAGGUCCAAGAAGCCUUGCCGGCUCAUCUCGUUCACUUUCUCCUGUCGCGCUUGA